GCUUUCGACCUGGACGGUUAGUACGCACUGAACAGUGCGACUCGAAAAGCUCCGCGCGACACGCGCGACAGAGAUCGAAGGAGAGCGGAUCGAGCUUCGAGGUGUACGUUGAUCGAAGUUGCAAAAUCGCGCGGGACCUUUCGUCGAGGGAGCGUAGCAUGAGGAAUUGUCGGGGUUUCCCAAAAAAUAUACACAACGUUCACGAGUCUGUGUCGAACGUAACGAUGUGACCGUUAGACUUUCUCAGUUCGUCUCGUCUCGUCUGGUCUCGUACAAGCGAUUGUGUUAUCACACAUACAGCGUCGUAGUCGCCGCAUUUUAUGCAUGCGGAUAUUGUUGUGGUGGUGAUUAAGAGGGCGUGGAUCCGAAAAAGCGGAGAGCACGUGUGAAGAGUAAGAGACAAUGGCUUCGACGGGGGAAGCAUAUUUGGAAGCCAUGGAGCCUAUCGAGAGAGGAAACGCGGGAUUCUGCAAACUGCUGUUAAGGUUCCUAGCUAUUUACUGGCGAUCCAUUAUCGUGAUGGUAUGGCCAGUGAUUCUGAUCCCGAUACUGAUAGUCGAGUAUGAGAAUCCCCUCGCCAUGCGAUGUUUAUACGUCGUCGCGCUGAUGGCGAUGUUCUGGGUGACAGAAGUUCUACCGUUACCCAUCACGGGUCUGAUUCCGGUGGUCCUGUAUCCACUGAUGGGUAUUAUGUCCACCAGCGAGACUUGUCUGUGUUACAUGAACGAUACCACGAUGAUGUUCCUGGGGAGUCUGGUAAUAGCGGUGGUCAUCGAGAAUUCCGGUCUGCACAUGCGGGUGGCAUUGCUCAUUAUCAAGACUAUAGGCUGCAGUCAUCGGAGGUUAACUUUAGGCUUAUUUUUCGUAACAAUGUUCAUCUCAAUGUGGAUCUCCAACACCGCCGCUACGGCCAUGAUGAUACCCAUAAUGGAAACUGUCCUCAUGGAGCUUCAAGCACAAGGACUCGGGAACAUGUUCAUUCCAGAUGAAAAUGUAACAGACGAGGAGAACUGCGAAACGUCUAAAAAGCCAACACAUACUACUAUGGUGUAUUAUCUCGUCGCAACUUAUGCGUCUAGCCUCGGUGGUAUCGGUACUAUAGUCGGAUCUGGGACCAAUCUGACGUUGAAAGGCUUUCUUGAGAAACGCUUUCCUGAGAGCCCUGGUAUAAAUUUCGCUUCUUGGAUGCUCUAUGCGGUACCACCUAUGUUGCUGAUGGGCCUUUUCACGUGGUUGUGGCUGCAAGUGAUGUACAUGGGUCUCUUUAGACCGAAGAGCAAAGAUGCUCGCGCUAUAGAUAUUGGGAAACAGGGUGAACGAGUUGCAGCGGCUGUAAUCGAGAAGAAAUACAAAGAACUCGGAUCGAUCACAUGGCACGAGUCUGCCGUGGGUGUUCUAUUUGUCAUUGUAGUCAUUCUAUGGUUCUUCAGGAGCCCUGGAUUCAUGGACGGUUGGCCUACUUACAUCACGAAAUUGAGCGUCAAGGACUCGACGGCAGCCGUGUUCGUAACGAUAGUAUUUUUCAUUCUUCCGGCAAAGUUAGACUUUUUACAUGCGUUCGACAAGGACCCUACUCAACGGCCUACCCAACCAUCUCCUGGUCUCAUAACUUGGAAAACAAUACAUCAGAAGAUGCAUUGGAGUUUAAUAAUGGUGUUGGGCGGUGGGUUUGCUAUCUCAGCUGGCAGCACCUCCUCAGGACUAUCAGAGAUGCUUGGUCAGUCCUUGUCGGGUUUGCAGAAGAUUAAUGUGGUGGCGAUAUUAGUAAUUGUUUGUUUAUUCGCCGAGACUGUGACGGAAUUAACUGCCAAUGUGGCUGUAGCAAACAUCAUAUUGCCAGUAUUAGCGGAAAUGUGUGUGGCAAUCAAGAUACAUCCCUUGUAUCUAAUGCUGCCAGCGUCUCUCUGUUGCUCGUUUUCGUUUCAUCUGCCAGUCGGUACUCCACCGAACGCAAUUGCCUGUGCCGCCGGACAUAUAAGGACGAAGGAUUUCAUGUUCGCUGGCAUUGGACCCAGCAUUGUCACGCUCAUCGUCACUGUGGCGACAUUCCCCACAUGGGGCACAUAUGUAUUUAACCUAUCGCAGUUUCCCGAGUGGGCGGUAUAAUGCGAUAAUACACGCCAUAGUUUCAUGUUCUAUUUAUUUUUGUUCCAUUGAUGUAAACAUAACUAAAGCAACGACAAAUAUUUGUGUAUAAAUACACAUAAACAUUUUCAUCUUGCCUAAUAUGUUAAUUUUCUUCUUACAAA